UAUCAGCAGGAGUGUUUCUUUUGUUGACCAUGGUCACAUCGUCAAAAUGAAUUGCUUAAUAACUUGUCUUUUUUCUUUGGAAUAGGAUAAAAAUGGAACCAGGGGUGAGGAGUGAGGUCAUUCUCUCAGUUUACAUCAUUUCCUUUCUCCUUGGCCUCCCAACAAACCUUGUGGCUCUCUACGCCUUCAGCGUCAAGAUCAACUCCAAGCCCGUUUUAACAGACAUCCUGCUUCUCAAUCUGACGGUCUCUGACCUGCUCUUUCUGAUCAUCCUUCCUCUCAAGAUGCAUGAGGCAGUGUCAGGCAUGCAAUGGCAUUUAUCCAGCGUCCUGUGCUCCAUCACCUCCUUUAUCUUCUUCUCAACAAUCUACAGCAGCUCCUUGUUGCUAAUGGCAGUCAGUGUGGUUCGCUACAUUGCACUAGCUUUCCCCAUCACCUAUCAUAAGCUGCAGAAACCUGUGUAUGCGAUGAUUAUCAGUGCUGCUAUUUGGCUGAUUACAACAGCACACUGCAGCAUCACUUUUAUUACCCAGCACCUACCAUCCCUAUCCAGCGAAGACUCCGGUGUUUGCUAUGAGAACUUUACGGCGCAGCAGCUGACGAUCGUCCUCCCUGUACGUUUGGAGUUUUUCUUUGUACUCUGCGUAAUACCUCUUUUAAUUUGUGUUUACUGCUACUUGAGCUGCAUCGUUAUCCUGUACAGUCGCCCCAGGAUAUCCCUGAAGCAGAAGCAGAAGGCCAUCGGCAUGGCCUUGGGGACUCUCGCUGUGUUUCUCAUCUGUGUGCUGCCGUACAACAUCUCUCACUUAAUGGGUUUCUUAGAGGGUGAGAGCCCCAAAUGGAGGCACUACACCUUGCUGCUUAGCACCUUCAACACCUGUAUUGAUCCCAUCAUCUUCUACUUUUCCUCCUCCACUUUCCAGGGCAUUGGUAAAAAGUUGAUUUUCAAGAAGUGUGUAUUCACUGUUUCAGGAGAACAGCCCACUAACUCUAGCUAAGUCUAUAAUACAACACAUCCAGCUGAAAUAUUCUUGUUGUAUUGUAUAUAAUGAUUAUUAUUUUUGGCAUUUGUUAUGCUUUACAGAUUGCUUUAAUAGUUCAGUUCCUUAAUUAAACCACGUCUCACAUGGUUUGCUGUUAAUAAGUAACACAAUAUUAUGUUAAGAUUAUAACAUCCUGCUCAAAGACCUGCUUUCCAUAACAAAACAUUUUAUGACAAAACCACAAGUUAUCUUUGGUGCAUAAGCAAAUUCCAAAUUUUAUUAUUUUACAGUUAAUUCUCAAUUUUCGAAAGGGAACUGUUAUUCUUUGCACCCUUGACACAUUAUUUCCUGUUUACUUUAACGUGGGCCUGCAACUCUUCUGCACUCAUGCAUUCUGUAGGCACACAUGUAGAAUAUACCUGCAAAACAAAACAUAGGUCAUGUUACCACAAGUUUAUGGCACUAUAACAAUCUGUUGUCCUGUAAUACACAAUGUUUGACAGCAAGACAUAUUCUCUUGCGUUAAAGUUACUGAUGUGUGAGACUGAAAACUGUAUUGUUAGCAUUUAAGUGCAAAAUAAAAGCUAAAAAGUCUGUAGUAACCAACAAUUUCUGUAAAUAAAAUUCAAGUGUUUGUGUGCU